AGUUCGGUCAAAAAAUAGGACGACUGUACACUAAGGUAUCAGAUAUUAAUGAUUGGAAUUUAGACACAAGUCAAGAUGAGCUCGGCACUGCAAUCCCGUCGGAUUGCAGCUGUCGUCGGGGCCUUGGUUGCCGACGCUGCAGCCCAGCCGAUACACUGGAAUUACAAAGUGGAUAAACUGGAUGCCAUGCUGAAAAAUGCAGAGGAAGUGGCGUUUUGGGAACCAUCCGCAAACCCCUUCUACAAACUACCUCUUGGAAACCAGAGUUGCUAUGGAGACCAGUCGUUUGUCGUUCUGAAAUCCCUCGUCGAAAAUAAAGGUUUGUGUGUAGAACAUUUAAAGAAUUCAACAUUUGAGUGGUUUGGCCCGAAAUCAAAGUACGAGAACCCUACAAACGCCGUGUACAAGAUCAAAACAGAUGCAGAAAAAGCUACCACAUACCCUAUAGACGGACCAUGGAGACAUUUCAGUAUCAAAGAUUUUAUCAGGAAUGUAUUAGAAGAGAAACCAACUACAGGAUCUGAAAAGGAUGAACAGAUGGACUGUACUUUACGAAUUGUUUCUGUGGUAGCACUGUAUGCGGGUCGCCCUGAAAUGCUAGAUAGAGCGGAGGAGGUGAUCCGAUCUACUCAAAAUUCAGACACCAGUGUGGCAGUGGGACUGGCUGCUGCAAGAUUGUUGGAGUACUAUAUUUUGAAUGGUGUGAUGGAAAAUGCAGUUGAACAUGUGAUUGAAGAUCUGACCAACCAGAAUAGAGCAAACGCGCAAGAUCUAGAUAAAGCCUUAGCUUCGUUUUUAAGGGAAGUACUCAGAAAAAAGGACGAGCCGCACAUUAAGACGGCUCGAACCUUUCGAAUUGACUGAGUAAUCCCGGGAGCUUUUCAGUCUGCCGUACACGGUGUGAUUACUGGUAAAGACUACCGUUCAGGUGUUGAAACUACUCUCCGUGCUGGAGGUUGCAACGCUUCUCGUGGUGGAUUUAUCGGUGCAUGCCUUGCUGCACAGCAUGGACUGUCAAGUAUCCCGGAAAGCUGGAAGGAAAAGACGCUGAGAUAUCAGGAGAUACUCGAGCAAGCUGAGAAACUCGUACAAAUUAAACUGGAUUAAAUUCUUUACUUUCUGAACAGUGAUAUUGGAAUCCGGUCUCGAACUAGAACUAGUUAAGUUAAGUUUGAUAUUUUAACGUUUUCUCGAAGGCAAUCCGUAAUAUUAUUACAUUCAUAAAAUUUGUUUGGGUAUUUGUUUCGCUCACUUGCUUUACGGGUAUAUUGCAACUGUAUAUGACAGUUUGGUUGGUAUUUAAAUCAGGAUGUAUAAUUUUAUCUGUUUGUAAUAAAUGUGUGUAUGCUUUGAUUGAUAAUUUCUUGUAUCAUCUCAUUAAAUCAGAUUUAUUUAUUGCAAUAUCUAUUUAAUCCCCCGCCACGAGUGAUGGGGUAAACAUAUCGUGUCCGCUCUGUAUCUCCUAAACCCCUUGAAGGAAUUUCAUGAAACUUUGGCCAAAUGAUCACCUCAUCAAGACGAUGUGCAUAACUCAUGAGUCAGCCAUGUCGGCUCAAGGUCAAUGUCACAACUCAGGGUUUCCAUUUUAUGUCUGCUCUGUAUCUCCUUAACCCCUUGAAGGAUUUUAAUAUGACUUGGCUGUAAUAUUCCCCAUAUCAAGACAAUGUGCAGAAUUCAAAAUUCACCCUGCCAGCUUAAGGUCAAGAUCACAACUCGAAUGUUUAAUGCCAAUACCUUCAACCCUUUCACUAUCCAUAACAGUGGCGGGGGAUAUAGCUGUCUUUCAGACUGCCUUUUUUCUGGUAUUACAUUAUGUUGUACAUGUACUAAUAUUAUACCAUUUUUGCCUUACAGUAUUGUUAUCUCAGAUUCGUUGUAAUGCAUUAAGAAGUUUAGGUUUAAGUCUUUAAAUAAUCAAUGUAUUAGUAUUAUAUAAAGUAUAGCAGUUUAGAUCUACUGUAUGUAUGUAUGAUCGGUUGAUCAAGGUCAGGUGUUUAUGAAGAUUGUGUCAUAAAGCUUGUAAAGCUGGCACGUUCUGAAGUCUGACCCACUUUGUUCAAUUGAAAAUACCAGAUAAUAUGGUAGAAACGUGUACAUGUGUAUUGCAAAAUAUGAUUGUUUCUAAUUAUGAAUGACAGCGUUUAUUAAUCAGUAGGUAUUGAAUUAUUAAUUACUAAACAACGAAUGAAAUUAAAAAAUGACGAUGCGACGGACCGUCAGUAGAUCAGUCGAAUAGACGGACAAAAGCAGAUGUACACGAACUUGCAUGUCAUUUUUAUGUGUAUAUACUAUGUUCUAGAUUUAUGUAUUGAUGUAAAUGGAUAUUAAAGACAUAUAUUAGAA